GGGAACUAGCAGAAAGGUGACACCAAGUGUGCUCCAUCAGCCCCGGGGAUCUCUUCCUACCUUAGUGCCCAGCUGCACUUAGUGCUCACUUUCUCCUCUUUGAGAGCAGAGUUGGGCUUGGUCCCCAGCCUUCUGGGGGUGGGCAGUUGAAGGAAGCUGAGUCCGGUUUUCUCAAGAGUCCCAAGGAUCAAGAGCAGCCAGGAGUGACCACUUUAGAGGAGAAGACAAGGAAUGCAACAGUAAGUGUAGGUAACAAAGGGAAGGAUGAGGCAAGCUGAAGCGAUCCCUCAGGACUAAGCCUAGGAAUGGGGAGUCUGGAUCUUAGCACCCCUUCCUCACAGUGGCUGACAUGGGUUGCUGGGCCUACUGGACAACCAAAAUGAAUACCAACUGGAUAGCCAGGUAUGCUGUUUGACCUGCACCACCAUCUUCACCUAAGACUAAACUCUCACCAAUCCCUGCUACCAAUCAGUUGCUAUCAGAGGAGUAGAAUGCAACUGCUGGGAGAUGGAGGUGGUCAGCAAUGGUCUCCUUUGCCUUCUUGGCUCACCUUCAAUGUGAUUCCCUCAGGAAUGCCUGAGUCGGUCAACCCUGCACCCAACUGCUGCCCAAAAUACCAUGAGAAAUUACUGCCAAAGAAAUUUGUGGCAGGAUACAAAAAGGCCCUCAACUGCUACCUGCCAGCAAUCGUCUUUGUCACCAAAAAGAACCGAGAAGUCUGCACCAACCCUAAUGACGAAUGGGUCCAAGAGUACAUCAAGGAUCCCAACAUACCUUUGUUGCCUUCUGGGGACCUGGCUCAGGUUAAAAUAAUCAAAACAAAGAAAAGCAAGCCCCAGCUCUUCAACUCCUCAAGAAGAUCUGGCCUCAGCAGAAGCCCAAGUUUGGGGAAGAAAGAAGUAAACCUGUAAAAACACAGGCAUGAAGUAGCAUAGUCAAGAUCAGAGACAUAGGUCAAUGAUGAAAA